UCCAGUCUGCAAAAACACAAUUUACAUCAUAAAGACGCUAAGACUGCCCUCACAGCUGGAGAGUAUUGUGGCCAACAUCAACGAGUCUUUAUGUGACAGAAUAGCUAGUUUUCUAGGACUCAAUGCAUCCUCGGACUCAUACACAUGGCAACAGGCACUCAAUGAAACAUACACGAUGUUAUCAACUGUCAGGACUUACUUCAAGUGCAUCAACUUGGAUAAAUUCAAGGGUUUCCGAGACUCAUCUGCGCUUAUUGAAAACAGCCUGGGGAGCAUUGAGAAUAACACGUUUUGGUCAGCCGUUGUGUUUGACAAUAUGGCACAAACUGAUAAGUGCAUUCCCAGUUUGGUCAAAUACAGAAUCCGAAUGGAUUCAGAUAAGGUGGAUGGCACAAAGCGGGUUGCAAGCAAGUACUGGCGUCCAGGCAACAGAGAUGGACUGGGUUCUCUCAAGUACUGGGUCUUUGGCUUCAUUUACAUCCAGGAUAUGAUUGACCAUGCCAUCAUUCGACUUCACACAAAUACCACACAGGAGCCAGGCGUCUACACACACCAGUUUCCUUAUGGAUGCUAUGUCUAUGACAAAUUUACAUUUGCCAUAUCUCGCAGUCUGCCCCUGUUUAUGGUCAUUUCCUGGAUCUACACUGUGGCUAUGAUUAUCAAAGGGGUUGUGUAUGAGAAAGAGCAGCGGCUGAAGGAAGUCAUGAAGAUUAUGGGACUUGGAAACGGUGUACACUGGGUGGCCUGGUUCAUCAAUGCCUUUGUCGUCAUGAUGAUCACAGUUAUCCUCUUCGUUGUCAUUCUUAAGGCUGGCAAAGUUUUAGAGUACUCCGACCCCUCUGUCGUGUUUGUCUUCAUGCUGGCCUUCACAGUGUCAACCAUCUCCCAGUCCAACCUGGCAGCCGUGUGUGGAGGGUUUAUUUACUUUGUGCUGUACCUGCCAUAUACCCAGCUGGUGCAGUGGGAGGAUGAUAUCACCACCACCGACAGAAUUCUGAGCCUGUCCUCCAAUAUUGCCAUGGGUUACGGAUGCAGCUACUUGUCCCAGUACGAGGAGCAGACCGUAGGAGCCCAGUGGCACAACAUCGGAGAAAGCCCCAUGGUGGAUGACACAUUCAAUCUGCGAGCAUGUAUAGGCAUGAUGUUCUUGGACUCUCUGAUUUACCUGCUGCUCACCUGGUACAUUGAGGCUGUCUUCCCUGGUCAGUUUGGCAUGCCUCGAAAGUGGUACUUCUUUGUCCAGAAGUCUUACUGGUGUGGCUCCACUGCCCGCAGAAGGAAAUCACACAAGGUUGAUUCUGAAAUCUCCAUUGAGGAUAUUCGAGAUCUGAGUGAAAACUUUGAGAAAGAUCCAACAGAUCACAAAGUGGGUGUGGCUGUGAGAAACCUGCGCAAGAUUUACAACAGAGGAGACAAAAUAGCCGUUGACGGGUUGACCAUUAAUUUUUAUGAGGAUCAAAUCACAUCGUUCCUGGGACACAACGGAGCUGGAAAGACCACCACAAUGUCCAUUUUGACGGGGCUGUUCCCACCAACAUCUGGCACGGCCUACAUAUAUGGACGUGAUAUUGUGUCUGACAUUGAUGAUAUUCGUCAAGGCUUGGGCAUGUGUCCCCAGCACAACGUACUCUUUGAUCUUUUGACUGUUGAGGAACAUAUCUGGUUCUAUGCACGACUGAAAGGCAGAAGUGAAGCAGAUAUCAAAGCAGAAAUGGAUCAGAUGAUACAGGAUGUAGGAUUGCCACACAAACGGAAAGAAAAGUCACAGAAUUUGUCAGGUGGCAUGAAGCGCAAACUGUCUGUUGCCAUCGCAUUUGUAGGGGGAUCCCGUACAGUCAUACUGGAUGAGCCCACAGCUGGAGUGGAUCCUUAUGCACGUAGGGCAAUCUGGGAGCUUUUGCUGAAAUUUAAGAAAGGACGCACCAUCAUCCUGUCCACACAUCACAUGGAUGAAGCUGAUGUGCUGGGGGACCGUAUUGCCAUCAUCUCCCAGGGAAAGCUGUGCACUGUCGGAACAAGUCUCUUUCUGAAAAAUCGUUUUGGCAGCGGCUAUUACCUGACUCUUGUUCGCAGUGAUGUCCAUGAUACUGACGGAUCAUCGGCAUUUGAGUCGGCAGCAGACUCCUUGUACCACGGCAGUCGCCCAUCCACGGCCGCCAGUGUCAGGACAGUGAUGGAUGUUCAGCCAACUUAUGGGGGAGAUGAUGACGAGGGCUUUUUUGACAAGAGCUUCAGCUUGUCCAGACUGAGUGCUUUCAUAGAGAAAUAUGUUCCUGGGGCUGAUUUAGUGGAAGACAACAGCAUGGAGGUUUGCUAUCGCUUGCCAGAGAAUGACGGCCAUACGGAGAAGUACCAGAAGCUGUUUGUGGCCUUGGAGAAAUCCUAUAAGCAGUUGGGCAUCUCCAGCUACGGCAUCUCUGAUACAAGUCUGGAGGAGGUGUUCCUCAAAGUUGCACAGGACAGUCUAGAUACAGACGGCACAGAAGGCUCCAAAAACAAACACAGGAACAAGACAGUUAUACACA